AUGGACGAUAUUCUCUUUAAAAUCAGCUUUCAAAAGACAGGAUUUCGCUUUUCUUUCUUUAUCCUUCUUCUUUCCAAUAUUUCCUUCACUUUUUAUCUUUCUUUCUUUCUUUUUUCUUCUUUUUCUUCUUCUUCUUCUUCUUCGUGCCGAUAUUUCUUUCUUUCUUUUUCUUGCUCAUAUUUCUAUCACUAUUUUAUUUUUCUUUAUUUCUUUUUCUUCUUUUUACCUAUAUUUCCCUUAUUUUUAUCGUUCUUUCUUCUUUUCUUUCUUCUUCUUCUUCUUCUUCUUCUUCUUCUUCUUCUUCUUCUUCUUUCGUAUAUUUCCUCACUUCUUUUUAUCUUUCUUUAUUCUUUUUCCAUCCAAUAUUUCCCUGGCUUUUUUACCGUUCUUUCUUUACUUCUUCUUCUUCUUGCCUAUAUUUCCUUUCUUUCUUUCUUUCUUUCUUUCUUUCUUGACUUUAUUUCUAUCACUUUUUCUUUUUCAUUCUUUUUCUUCUUCUUCUUUUUACCUAUAUUUCCCUCAUUUUUGUUGUUCUUUAUUUCUUCUUCUUCUUCUUCUACUACUACUACUACUACAUCUUCUUCUGCUGCUUUCUUUCUUUCUUUCUUUCUUUCUUUUUUUCCUCCGUUCUUUUUUAUCUUUCUUUAUCAUUCUUCAUUACAAUAUUUCUCUCACUUCAUUUUUAUAUUUCUUUCUUUCUUUCUUACUUUCUUCUUGCCUUAA